GCAUCACAUCUAUGCCAAUCUUAUUAUCAAGCUAAGUAGACGCUCCUUACUAACGUCCAUAAUCAUGAAUAAUCUGCAUGAUCCUUUCUUGCUCAUCAAGACGUUUCAAUUCAUUAUAUAGGUAGCAAGGUGGGGAAGAGUCAAAAGACCUCUAACCACGCUGUACUUUCCACAAUUUCUUUCCCAUGUCUCCGCAACAGAAAGCUCUCGUCCUUCCAAAAAAGCAGGGCAACUUCGAGGUUAGCUCCCGCAGCAUUCCCAGUCCUGGCCCUGGGCAGCUCCUGGUUAAGAUUCAAUCUGCUGCCCUGAACCCAGUUGACUACAAAAUAAAGGACAGCGGUUCCAUCGUGACCCAUUACCCUGCCGUUCUGGGCACGGAUAUUGCUGGCGUUGUCGAAGAUUUGGGGGAAGGUGUUAAGAAUUUUCGCAAAGGCGAUAGAGUAUUGGCGCAUGGUGCUUUCACUAACGACCUUACUGCGUUUCAGCAAUACACGCUGACCGUUGCGAGUUUUACUGCAAAGAUUCCUUCAAGCUUGUCUUUCGAUAACGCAGCUACCGUUCCUGUGGGGCUGGACACCGCAUUGGUGGGCUUGUACGGAAAGGAAUAUGGAGCCGGAAUAACCCCUCCUUGGACAAAGCGUGCCGGCGAUCAUGAAUCAAAGAAACCGAUUGUUAUCCUUGGCGGUUCCUCCUCUGUGGGUUCAUACGCUAUCCAACUCGCUCGUCUAUCAGGAUUCUACCCUAUCAUAACCACAGCCUCCAAUAGCAAUGAAGACCUUGUCAGGGACUUCGGCGCAACGCACUUUUUUGACCGGAACCUUUCCGGCCAACAGCUGAAGGCAGCCAUCAGCAAAGUUACCGACAGUCCUAUUGAAAUCGUUUAUGACGCUGUCUCGCUGCCAGAAACACAGUCUGUUGGAUGGGAAUUGCUUGCAGAAAACGGUACCCUCGUAUUAACCCUUUAUGCAACGGUCAAGGAAGAUGAAGGCAAGGGGCGGAAGAUCGCCAAGACCUUCGCGAACCCACAUGUUCCGCAAAAUGAAGAGUUGUGCCGCAGCUCCUGGUCUAUGGUCGAAAAUUGGCUCUCAGAGGGUACUAUCCAGCCGAACAAGCAUGAAGUCCUUCCGAACGGGCUUGAAGGUAUUAUUGGAGGGCUGGAAAGGAUGAAAUUGGGACAGGUAUCUGGAACGAAGUUGGUUGCGCACCCUCAGGAAACACGGUAAAUGCAUGUUUCGCGGUUGCCAACUAGUUCGAUGACGUCUCCUCAUCUUGUUUGCGUCGGGCUGGAAUGACAAUGACACGAUAUGAUUGUACAAUAAACUAGGCAAAUGCACAAAUUUACAGUGUAGGAAAUUAAAUGCAAAGAAUGCUGGUGCACUUUGCAUCUGGUGUACUUAUCUUGAGAAAUUUACGCCUUGACAACUGGCUUGGGUUUUUCUCUUGGUGGGGAUCGGCGAGGCUGCCAGUUGACAAACACCUGGAUUCACUGACCGGAGGAACACUGAUCUAUGAAGACUCUACACACC